CCAUAUCGGACUACACCUGCCAUGCCUUCUAGACGAGGCGAAUGUUGAACAGACGACUCGAGAGAGUUGAAUUCCUGUCGGUGAGCUUAACAACUGUCCUACAAAAGCUACAUGCUUUGGAUAAGUGUUCUAUCACUACACCGUGUAUACUGCAGCAUUACUAGAUCUUAACCACUGUGGACAUUGCGGACUGUCACUUGGGGACUUAACACUUAAUAACCUACCUUGUUAUUUGGUUAUGUUAAAGGGUGGAUUUACCGCUGUAAAUGUGUCUUACUUGUGAGUGGAACUGAGACAAUUUUGAGGCAUCCUUGGUGAUUGAUUAAAAUAUGAAUCGAAAAGCAUUUCGCGUUGAAAAGUUGGAACAUGUCGACAAGAUCCCCGACCUUCCGACAGCGAUACGUGUGAUGGACGAGCUACAGAUCCCGAGAGGGAAGUGGUUCAACCUCCAGGAAGGGAAACGCUUGAUAUCGGAAUACUUCCUCCAGAAUGAGAAGAGGGUGAACAGUUUCUACCAGUGGAAGGAUCAGAAUGCUAUCGCCGACGCCAUGAAAGAAGACAAAGAGAACAGGGUGGAACUGAUCAACCUCUUCGAGAAGUCAGGUGCCUUCUUCAAGGAGCUGCCCAGUCGGUUCGGCAACGACCUGGAGAGAGUAUUUCCGGACUUCCUGGUCACGCUCAAGAACAAAAGUCAGCAGCUGAACAAAAGUGACUGCGCCAUCGUUGUCGCUGGUGAUACAGGUGCUGGCAAGAGCACACUCAUCAACCUGCUUGUGGGUCAGCGGAUCCUGCCGACAAACGCCCUGCAAUGCACGGCCACCGUGUGUGAGCUGCGGAAAUCAACGAUGCGAGCUAUUGUCCUACAUCACCGAGACGGAACCCAGAAGACCACUCUCGAGUGCCCGGAUGACUCGCAGGUGCCCGGUUUCACAGACUCUUUGGCGAAGCACGUAACUGAGACUGACCCAAACACGGACGAUAGCCCAUAUACAAAGGUGGAGAUCCACUGGCCUUUCCACUUAAUGGAGGAAGGGGUUGUGUUCGUGGACACGCCAGGUAUCGGCGGCUCUCACAGCUUGGACAUGGGCCAGUACAUGGACAAGGCCCUCGGCUUCAUCUACGUCAUCAACACCGGGGACGCCGGCGGUAUACACAGGGACAGGCUGGGAAGUCUUCUACUCCAAGGGGUGCAGCACAGCGACUUCGACCCUGCGACCGCCGUGUUCGUGUGCAACAAGUGGGACCAAGUGGAUCAACGAGAGGAGGCUCAAGUCCAGCACUACGUGAAGGAGAAACUGGGCAAGUCCAUCCCCACCAUCAACGACAGUCAGAUCUACAAGAUCUCCGCUACACAGGCUUUAGACAAACUGGACUACCGGAACAUGCUGAAAGGUCACGUUGAGUUAGUGGAAGGGAUUCGGCAGGUUCUACCUACAACAUUCCACUCCAAGCUCUCGGCAUUCUACAGAUGGCUGUCCACCAUACUGAAGCGGACGCUGUACUCACUAAAGGUGUCGAAGCAGCUGGACGCACGUAGCGUGGAGGAGAAGGAGACCAUGUACAGGUCUGUGUGUGCCCAGAUAGAGCAGCUGGAGACACGGGCCGAGAGCAGGAUCAAAGACAUGAGGAGGGAUGUCAGGAACGCCGUGGAAGACAUCACAGAGAGCGUCAUCAAGUUGUUGAACACCAACAACCGACGGGACCUGGUGGUGUGGAAUUCCGACCUCUGUCCACGCCCUGACAACUGGAGGAAGGUUGCAGCUGAGGCGUCCACCCGGAUAUCUAGUCGAGUCCAAGACAUCGUGGACAAGUGGGACCGCAGCAGGAACGUCGUGGACAACGUCAGGACCAGCAUCAUCAAGAAGUUCAAGCAGGAUGUGGAACUGUUUGAAGACCAGGCCAAACAGAUUGAAGGAGUGUUUCUUGGCGAAGACGUGAAGACAAUGGUAGAUCUCCACAAUUCCCUCAGAACCCGGGCCCCGAUCACGAAAGUAUGGAAGAAAGCAGAUAAGAAGACUGGGGGUAAAACAGAGGGUUUCAUGAGUUUAGGAACUGCGGUUGGGAGUUCCUUCUCUUUAGACACCAGAGCCAAUAAAGUUCGAGCGCUUUUCAAGACCUACAGCUCCAGCAACGCCCCACAGGUCAUGCAGGACGCUUCGAAGAUGUUCCUGGACGGACUGACAGAGAAGAACGUUACGUCGGCGGUGGAGAAGUUCUUUGAGCGUUUUGCCAAGAACAUUGACAGAAUUGGAAAGAUGCUCCCAGAGUUUCUACGAGCUGACCGCCAGUUAAUGACAUCACUGACCAGAGAAGUUGACCACGGUCAGGCUAAUCUCAUGAAUAUGUACCCUAAAUUCAUCGAAGAAGCUGAGGACCUGCAAGGCUAUCUGGACAUGUUCUUCGCCAGGAAACUCAUGAAGUUCAAUUAUGGUUUCGCAGAACUUAAUAAGAAUGCGACGGAAAUCCCCAUUGGUCGAGGGAGCUUCGCCAACGUCUACUACUCGCGCCUCGUCACAGCCGACGGCGACAUCCCAGUUGCUCUCAAGGUCUGCAAGGAACCUCUGGACAUCACCAACGUUACGGACGUGCUGCUCGAGGACAAUACGCUAAGGGAUUUGAAACACCGAAACGUAGUGACCUACUAUGGGGCGUCCAGACAGGUCAGUGGUCGUGAAAUGAAGUGGGUCAUGGUCCUCGAAUACUGCCCCAAAACGCUCAUGGCCAAGUUUGUAGGAAAAGAAGCCCGAAGCCCCUCUAAAUACGAGGCGGACACAGAAGCCCAGAUAGAAGCAAUGAAGACGGUAGCUGUGUUCGCAGAACAGAUACUCUGUGGUCUGGAGUACCUCCACAAGAAGGGCCUCGUCCAUCGGGACAUGAAGCCGGAUAAUAUACUGCUCGACGCAGACGACGUGGUUAAAUUAACGGACGUGGGACUGGCCAAACGUGUUCACGACAUAUCAGGCACAAUCGCCGGAAGUCCAGUGUAUAUGGCACCGGAAGUGCUUCUACAGAAGGGUCGCUAUGACGUCAAGGCGGACAUGUACAGUUUCGGCAUCAUCACGUGGGAGAUGUGGUACGGCCAGGACGCGGCCAACCACAUCAAGGGCCAGCUGUUCACCACGUUCGAGCGAGCGAUUGAGAAGGGCCUCCGACCCUCCAUGUCCAUCAACUGUAAACCCCCAGAGCAAUGGCACAUACUGAUUGUAAAGUGUUGGAACAUCGAUCCAGAGGUUCGACUCUCCAGCAGCCAAGCGCGGCAGUUCUUCCAGAAGUUUUUAGAGCAUUACAAAUAGUGUACCUUGUGAGAACUGUCAACGUCAAACAACUGUGGUCAAUUUCCAGUUACAGUUCUGUAAAUCAAGACAUAGGUUUUGAAACUGACCAAAUAAUUGUUAGUUACAAAUACAUCUCCAGGUGAGAUUAUAUUGUUUAAUCAUAGAUUGACGAAGUGUUCAUUAUAAUAAACAGAUGUAGCAGACAAAUUACAAUCGUCCCCAAGGCUUUUUUUAUGCAGUAUAGCCAUAACUUAUCUAAUCAUUCUCUUUCUUUUUUCGAUUUAUUGGGCGGUGGUGUAGCCUAGUGGUUAAAGCAUUCACUCGUCACGCUGAAGACCCAGGUUCGAUUCCCCACAUGGGUAGAAUGCGUGGAGCCCAUUUCUGGUGCACCCAUACGUGAUUUUGCAGGGAAAAUUCUUUAAGUGGUACAUAACUUACCUCACUCUUGUUAUUUAAACACCACAUGGACCGAUUUUCCAGCAUGCCUUCGAAAACUUGUUGACAUUGACGAUAGGGUGACAAUCAAUCCCAAUAUUCCUAACAAAAGGUUAUUUAACCAAACCAGUAACUAGUUAUAUAAAGUUAUUUGCGAAUGUGGGUGCAUGGUCUAAGAUCUGGGGUUGAAUAAACUUGUUUGUGAAUAUGCAAGUUAUUUAAGGUCACACUUAAGAAUAUUUAGCUCAUAUGAACCCAUAAAUGCCAAGCAGGGACCAACAAGUACCAUAUUAUAACCUCUUUUGGUACAAUGCGGCUGGGAAUCGGAACCUUCCACGGACCACUUCACAACAAAUUGAGUUAAGCGAUUAUAUGUGCAUGUUCUAAUACCUGGAGCUGAAUAAAGUUGUUUGCAAAUAGUCUGAACCUUAAAACACUCGCACAUCUCCAGUUUGACUUGGAACUCUGGAGCAAAGCUAAAUGGGUACAGGGUGUAUAUCACAAGUCUUUCAUUUUACCCUCAUUUGCAAUAUUCGAGCAAGAGCAGUAAACCAAACCUUGGCUUUUCACUCUGGUUUCACCCAGAGGCUAAUUGAAGAUGGCAUCAUUGCUGCUUUUAUGUCACAAUAAACACAAGCGACUGACUGUUUUGCUAUUCAAUUUAUGUACAAGUCAAACAGACAAUUCAUCCUCCGGUUCACAUACAUUUACAUAAUGUACAAUCAGUACUAUACACCUUCAAAACUUACAUUUGUACAGAAUAAACAUUUGAAGAAAUGUU